CUGUCUCUUCAUGCCAUUUCCAUCUUCUCUCAUUUGCUCCAUUUCCCUGCUCUUUUUUUUCUUUUCUCGCUUGUGCCUUGCUCGCCUUCUCUUUGACCCCCGACUUCGCUUCGGUUGUCUUCUCCCCAUUGACUCAUCUCCAUUGCACACUUCCUGGCCCUUCUAGACCCCUUAUAAAGGCUGUAUUGUUGUCCUUUUCCAUCACUCUUCCUCUUUCUUCCUUUCCCCUCAUACAGAAUAAUCCCUUCCACACAGCCAAUUCCCCCCCACCAUGCCUUUGAUCAGCACCACAGAAGUCAAUGAGGACACUCGCGUCCUGGGAUAUGAUCCCCUCCUUCCCCCUCAGUACCUCCAGAAUGAGAUCCCUGGUAAAAAGGAAUCCCUCGAGGCCGUCCGCUCUGGCCGUAACCAGGCCAUGAAGAUUAUCGAGAAGAAGGAUGACCGUCUGCUGGUUGUUGUCGGCCCCUGCUCGAUUCACGACCCUGCCACGGCCCUCGAAUAUGCCGGCCGUCUGAAGGAGCUCUCCGAGAAGCUUUCCUCCGACCUUUGUGUCAUCAUGCGUGCCUACCUUGAGAAGCCCCGCACCACGGUGGGGUGGAAGGGUCUGAUCAACGACCCCGACAUUGAUGAGUCCUACAACAUCAACAAGGGUCUCCGUGUCUCACGUCAGCUCUACUCUGAUCUUACCAGCAUGGGCAUGCCCAUUGCCAGUGAGAUGCUGGAUACCAUCUCCCCUCAGUACCUGGCCGAUCUGAUCUCUCUCGGUGCUAUUGGCGCCCGCACCACCGAGUCGCAAUUGCACCGUGAGCUCGCCUCCGGUCUCAGUUUCCCCAUUGGCUUCAAGAACGGUACCGACGGCAACCUCACCGUUGCCAUUGAUGCCAUUGGUGCCGCUGCUCACCCCCACCGCUUCCUGGGUGUCACCAAGCAGGGUCUGGCUGCUAUCACCAAGACCGCUGGUAACGAGCACGGCUUCGUCAUCCUCCGUGGAGGCAACAAGGGCACCAACUACGACCGUGAGAGCAUCAAGGCCGCCCGCGAGGCUCUGGCGGGCAAGAAGCAGUCCGAGGUCGUCAUGGUCGACUGCUCCCACGGCAACUCCAACAAGAACCACCGCAACCAGCCUCUGGUCGCCAAGGAGGUCUCUGACCAGCUCCGUGAGGGCCAGGAUGCCAUCAUCGGUGUUAUGAUUGAGUCCAACAUCAACGAGGGUAACCAGAAGGUUCCCCCCGAGGGUCCCUCCGGCUUGCGCAAGGGUGUCAGCAUCACUGACGCCUGCAUUGACUGGGAGACCACCGUCCAGGUCCUGGAGGACCUCGCUGAUGGUGUUCGUGCCAGACGCGCCGCCAAAGCCGCUCAGGCCAAGACCACUAAUGGCACCCACUGAGCGAUUGAGGAUGGAUGAUCUGCGUUUACGAAACCCCCAGCGAGUGUGAUUCCCUUUUCCUUUUGUUCCGAAUAAUCCGAUCUAGAUACCAUAGCCAGGGUGCUUUAUUUUACCUCAUUUUGGUUUCAUUAUCUGACUUUGCGGGCACGAGUUCCUGAGUUAUGGGUGUGUUGGACAGACAGCCUCUGCCUGUUGCGGGCAGCGUUUUCGGUCUUUGUUCCAGUAAAAGUCUUGACUGCUUCUUUUUACACUUUUUGUAAUUUCUCUUUGCCUGUCCCUGUUCACUUAGGUUCUGUCCACGGUAGACAGUGAUGAAUCAAUAAUAGAACGAUGAGUAUGACAA